AUGCAAUACCAUCUUUCAAUCGAAGUCUUCGGCACAGGCGAGGACCCCAAACAUCGUUCCCACUGGGGCUUUGUCAUCCAUCAACCAACCCGAUCAUUCGGUGACCUCCUGCACGUCCGCCCCGUCGAUAUCGAGAAACUCUGGUACGAGUUUGAGCCCCGUUUUGGCACUGAUCUCAAUAUCAUGCAGGCAUUGGGUCUGUGCAAGCUUGCCACGCUGGAUUCUCAGCAGAGGAGAUUUGCCAUUGAGGUCAUUAGCCAGGAGCCGGCUCCGAGGGAUGGAAGGAGAAAGUGUCAGGAUUGGGUGUUUAGUACAUUGAUCUCGUUGGAGGUGGAGGAGCUAGUCCCACCUGGGACGUCGGAGUUUUGGAAGGGAAUGGUUGGAUUACCUGCUCAAAGUGUUCAAAAGGCUGUUGGGGUGAAUUGGAGUUCAAUUGUGAAUUAA